GCGGCGGCCCAUUCCAGGCAGCAUACGCACCACCCAAGCAAAAUGAACCAAGAGAAGCUCAAAAAGCUCGCCGACACUGUCCGGAUUGGAGGCAAGGGUGCCGUCCGACGUAAGAAGAAGGUUGUGCACCGCACAGCGAACACCGACGAGAAGAAGCUGCAGAGUUCUCUCAAGAAACUCACAGUUAGCAAUAUCCCCGGAAUCGAGGAGGUGAAUAUGAUCAAAGAAGACGGAACGGUCAUCCACUUCAACAAUCCGAAAGUGCAAGGCUCACUGCCUCACAACACGUUCGCGAUCUCUGGACACGCUGAUCAUCGCCGCAUCACGGAAAUGUUGCCGGGCAUUCUGUCGCAACUGGGACCCGAAUCUCUGACACAUUUGAAGGAGCUGGCGACGGCGCAAGCCGGUGGUGACAAUAAGGAUGGUAGCAACGAGGCUGAAGACGAUGUGCCCGACCUUGUCGACAACUUCGACGAGCCCUCGAAAACGGAGGCUGUUACCGCUGUUACGGCCUAGGUACCGCGAUUCAAACCAACUGGAAUCGUGCACCCGCAAGGGGGUGCGGGGUGGCGACCGGGGUAACACGGUUUGUAUUGUAAAGCACCACCUCCAGUAGACGGUUCAGAACAACGUCGGUUUACAAUGAUCAACAAUUUCGUCCGCGGCUCCCCGUUACAAUAAAACAUCUAUUUGUUACCGUGAAUU